AUGUCCCGGGAGGGUGGCAGGGGUCUGGAGGUGGGAUUUGAGGCAGUUCCAUGGGGUAGCCAAACAGGACACAAGCUAGAACCCACUGUUCUAGCAGGGGGUCUGGGUUCUGUCCAGGGCAUCUACCGUGGUCAUCUGGACCGCCCUCCAACAGACCACUAUCCACCUCUGCGGAACCCGGGGGGGGCCAUCCACCACCUCCUUGGGGGGCCGUCCACCAGCUCCUUUGGGGGGCCGUCCACCAGCUCUUCGGGGGGGCCGUCCCCCAGCCCUUUGGAGGUGAAUGACCACAGCUCUGAGUGCAUGGGUGAGCCUAGCCGGAGCAGUACACCGCCCCCCACGGCUUUGCUCAGGCCACCACGCUCCUCGUUGAAGAGGAAGAUGCCGGACGGACAGACAUGGUGGAUGCAAGAGCUGCAAAAACUAGAAAAGCGUCGGCUUGAAACCCAGGAAGCUCUCCGGGCCGAGGCCGACGACGAGGCACUGUUUCGUGCGCAAAUGGCCGCUGCAACCCGAAGGGUGCCAAAGGAGAAGCAGCUUGGGCCGGUAAAAUUCUUCUUGGACCGGGCAUAUGAAGAAGCUUCGGAUUGUUGA